GUUGUCUUGGAGUGGAGUAGAGACCAGUACCAUGUUAUGUUUGAUUCCUACAGAGACAACGUCGCUGGCAAAUCAUUUCAGAAUCGGCUGUGUUUGCCCAUGCCAAUCGACGUGGUGUACACCUGGGUGAACGGCACAGAUGUUGAGCUGAUCAAAGAGUUGCAACAGGUCAGGGAACAGAUGGAGGAAGAACAGAAAAUAAUGAGGGAAAUGCUUGGAAAGAACGCAACAGAACCAACAAAGAAGAGUGAGAAGCAACUGGAGUGUUUGCUGACACACUGCAUCAAAGUGCCGAUGCUUGUCCUGGAUCCUGCACUGCCUCCCAACCUCACCCUGAAGGACCUGCUGUCCAUUCAUCCUGCUUUACAAGCUGCUAACAAUAUGUUCUUUGUAGCAAAACCAAAAAACCCUUCUACUAAUGUGACAGUAAUAGUUUUUGAUAGCCCUAAGGAUGUUGAAGCUGCCCAUGCUGGAAUGAUAAAAGACAACAGCAAACACAUAGUAUGGAGAGCUUACUUGACUACAGACAAAGAAGUUCCAGGUCUAGUAUUAAUGCAAGACUUGGCCUUCCUUAGUGGGUUUCCAGCUACAUUCAAAGAGACAAAUCAGCUGCGAACGAAGCUGCCAGAGAGCCUAUCUGCUAAAGUAAAGCUGUUGCAGCUCUAUUCCGAAGCCAGUGUGGCUCUCUUGCAACUGAAUAACCCCAAGGGUUUCCAAGAACUGAGCAAGCAAGCAAAGAAGAACAUGACUAUAGAUGGGAAAGAACUGAUCCUUAAUCCUGCUUAUUUACUCUGGGACCUCAGCUCUGUCAGUCAGUCCAAACAGGAUGAAGACAUUUCUGCCAGCCGUUUUGAAGACAACGAAGAGCUGCGAUACUCCUUGCGCUCCAUAGAGAGACACGCGCCCUGGGUGCGGCACAUCUUCAUCGUCACCAACGGGCAGAUUCCUUCGUGGCUUAACCUGGAUAACCCCCGGAUAACUAUAGUGACACAUCAGGAAAUCUUUCAGAACGUGAGUCACUUGCCUACCUUCAGUUCACCAGCCAUUGAAAGUCACAUUCACCGUAUCAGUGGCCUUUCACAGAAGUUCAUUUACCUCAACGAUGAUGUUAUGUUUGGGAAGGAUGUUUGGCCUGAUGACUUUUACAGUCACUCAAAAGGUCAAAAG